AUUGAAUAUUUCCAACUGAAUCUUUCUUGAGGGACUUCGGAGCUGUUAUUUUUAGUCAUUUACUACAUACCAGAAUUGGUACUUUGUGGCAGCAAGCUCAGAAUGGCGAAGGCAAGAGACAUCUUCUUGGGCGUUAUAAGCGUUGGUCUGAUUGUUCAAGGAUGUUACUUAUUGACGAUGUUACCAAGCGUCUACAAACAUGUUAAGAACAUUGUUCACAUUACAAACAAUCUCACUCGUGUGAACGAUAGACCACCUAUCAUGAGAAGAUUCCGCAGCAAAUUGCCCACCAAUACAAAUAUGACUAAAUUACGUACUAGCGAUCAAACCACUGGCAAGAAAAUAUCAUCAACCUCGUCUACAGAGGGCCAAUGUCACUACAUGGUUCAAGUGCACGACACAGAUGAACAAAUUAAGAAAUUGAACAGAAUAUCUCAAACCAACAUACUCUGUGAUAAUCACUGCAACAUUGAGCUUAUAGUCGCCAAUGAAAACAACAAGUUUAAAGGAAUGGAUGCAGUUGUCUUCCAUAUAGCGAAAAGCCGAAUUCCAAAACCCCUCCCUGCACCAGCAAACCCCAAACAGACGUGGAUAUAUUUCUCGAUGGAAUCCCCGAUUUCAAACGCACGGGAAAGAGGUUUCCCAAUCAACCGCCUACCCGUUCACGCAACCUGGACAUACCAGAGGGGCUCCGACAUAAGUGUCCCGUAUGGAAUUUACCGAACAGGGAUGCCCGUGACUAAUCGGACAAAAUCACCCGAAGAAUGGGUUGAAGGAAAAAGCAAACUGAUUGCAUGGAUGGCCAGUAACUGUCACCGCACUUCCUGGCCAAGGACUGCCUUUGUACAAGCACUGAAUAAGGUUAUCCACGUCGAUAUGUACGGAGGAUGCGGAAACCUAAAAUGCCCACGAAUAAAGAAAUGUGACGAUGACUUGUUGAGGCAAUAUAAGUUCUAUCUGUCACUAGAGAAUGCAGAGUGCGGUGACUACAUCACGGAGAAACUCUGGGUUAAAGCGCUCCAGCGAGGGGUCGUCCCGAUCGUCAAUGGUCCCACGAGAAAAGUUUACGAAGAAUUUGCACCGCCCGACUCCUUCAUUUACGUCGGUGACUACAAGAACUUGCAAGAACUAGCGGAUUACCUAAGACUGUUGGACUCUAAACCCGAAUUGUAUGCCCAGUAUUUCGAAUGGCGGUACAAGGGUUCCGUUCGAUAUUGGAAUGCACACGAUCCUUCCGUCUGGUGCGAUCAAGUUAUACCGAUAAUAGAGAAAGUUAAACGGGGAGAGUUGAAGAGAGUACCGGUUGGAAACAGCCAAUUCGCAAGAUCGUGUAGGCCUCCUAACAAAGGUCGAUCAGUUUCAACUUACGGUGUAAAAUGGGUACCUUGGUAAACUAAAAUCAAAAGCAACAAGGGAAACUUUGAAGUUCAAAACAGUUUUUUAAAGCAAGGUAAUUGAUUGGUUGCUAUCAACGGAAUGAUGAUUUAAAGGCGAAGUUAUCACAAACAAAGAGUAACAACGAAAAAAAGUUGCAUAAUUUGGUCGGUAUUCUGCAUGACGUUGAAAUCUUGAAUGUAGCUGUCAAAAUACAAAAUUACAAAGUAUUUAUUUUUAAAUUGUCAUGGAUUUCUAGAAUAGUCGAGUAAAUUCUUGACAACAUCAAAACAAAGUGAGAUUAAUAUAAUAAUAACGUUAUGUUAUUACUUUUUGUAUUACAAUAACAACAAUUUAGAUUUGGGUGAUGACUUGAGCUAGUUUAAUUCUCAUCAUUAAGAAAGUGUUGGGUGACUAAACUCCUUUCUCAUUAAAGGCACUUGACACUAUUGGUAGCCACUGUUUUUAGUUAGCAUUAUAUAUUUUUUGUUAACAAUCA